AUGGCAAUUGCGGUUGGUUCCCCUCUCAUCCAGUCGCUUUACACUAUUCUCCUCAUCUGGGGAAGCAUGAACCAGAUAUCCCCGCCCCUUGCUUCCACUCUGGUACUUUUCCUCCCUGAGGCGGCCGAUUAUAUCGCUCCGGACGGCAAAGCAUCGCUGGAACUCGCAGAGCCCCAGGCAACGUCCACUUUCGUGAAGGGUCUUCGAGACGCAGCUCGUGAACACGGCGUUGCUAUUCACGUAGGUAUUCAUCAUCGCGAUGAAGCCGACGUGGGAAAGGAGCAGUCCAAGAGGAUUCGCAACCGGACUGUGUACAUCACGGCUGAUGGUGAUAUUGACGAUGAGACAACUUACAAUAAGCUCCAUGCGUUUGAUCACGGGAAACUCAGGGAGAGCGAAACGGUUCAACCUGGUGCCAGCCUGAUAGCGCCGUACGAUUCACCCAUAGGCCGCAUUGGAAGCCUCAUAUGCUUCGAUCUUCGCUUCCCCGAGGUAGCCCUCGCGCUCGCACAGCCAGGACCUCACAGCGCGUGGAAGAACCGCCCGGCGCAGAUACUGACGUACCCCAGCGCCUUCACGCUCAAGACAGGCCCCCCGCAUUGGGAGACACUCCUCCGGGCUCGGGCGAUCGAGACACAGAGCUACGUCAUUGCAUCAGCGCAGGUUGGAAGACAUAACGAGAAGAGGGCCAGUUGGGGCCAGAGCAUCGUCGCUGAUCCGUGGGGAGAAGUCGUGCUCAAGCUCAAGGGCGUGAAGGAAGGGGAGGAGCCCGAGGGAACGGCGGAGGAUGGCGCGGAGGGGGAGAUUGGGUUUGUAGAGAUUGACCUUGAGAAGUUGGAGAGAGUCCGAGAGGAGAUGCCUCUUCACAGGAGAACGGACGUUUAUCCCGAGCUGACUUCUAACAAGGUGUAG